AUGUCGUUCCCCUGCUUGUGCCGCGACAGCUUAUCGGUCGACUUACAGACCGAGCCCCCUAGUCUAGUGCGUCUCAAGCUCCAGGGAGAAGACGGUGCCCGUGUUACACUCCCACGACAAGUAAGCUCUGGCGGCUUCUUUAGAGAACGGCGGCAGGGGAGGACGCUUCGGAGGGGUAUAGACCUUGGAUUUACAGAAGCAAGUGAAAUACGCAGAAUACUCGAGAAUAAGAUAGAAUCCUCCCAUCUCCCGGAUAAUGCACCUCGCUCUCAUCCGAAAGGGAUCCUCAAACCGCCCACGCUGAGGUUUCCGUUCGCGGAAGAACUACUUGAUCAGCCUGCUCGCAACCGCGAACCCAGUUUUCUCCGUCUCAAAUCUGGCGACAAGGAACGUUGUCGCAUGUUUGCAUCACGUGUGAUCAGGAUCCCUGCGUUUGGAGCAAGUGAUGCACCGGCAGACAAGUUCCAAGGGUCGUCUGUCGGGGCGAAGAUUCAGGUCAAGGCGGGAAACGUGUUCCUUGUUCGGGAGCGCGCUGCGCGAGAUUCAAAAGAUCGAAAUAGGACCGAGCGCGCUGUUUUGCGAUGAAGCGUUCGCCAGUAAAGACAAGGAUGAUACUGCGCAUCUCCUGUCGUUUGGGUAUAUCGGCAUGACCGGCAUCACGAAGACCCAGACGUGUAGCCAUUGAUGGAGGAUGGCGUAUUGAGUAUCCUCCUCCGCACGGCUGUUGAUUUGGUAGAUGACAAAGUCGAGAUUACUUGCUCUUGCGCUUCUUCUGGGAUUUGCUCAUCCCCCCGCCUUGAACUUGACCCCCGCCGGAUAUCGACGUGAGUUUAGACAACCUGACCGGCUGGUGGGUCCUGUCCUUGUCUUUCUUAUUCGCCUUUUUCUUGCCACUUUCUAUCAAGGCGUCAAUAUCCUCGUCGUCCUCUUCCUCGCUUCCAGACUCUGGGUCUUUGUUCGCCUUC